AUGCGCAUCGUCAUUGCCUUUGUGGGGAACCCCGACGCUGCCAAGAAGGAUCUGGUCAAGCUCGUUAAACGCCUCAAGAAGGAGAAAAUUAAUGUGGACAUCAUCAAUCUGGGGACCCAGGAGGUGAGCACGGACAAGCUGACGACCUUUCUGAAAACCUUGAACGGGAGCGGGGGGAACGGCUCCCACCUGCUCACAGUCCCGCUGGGACCCAGCUUGGCCGAGACCAUCAUCGGCUCUCAGAUUCUGACUCGGAAAGGCCGGCCCGCGUCAGGGCCGGGGACCAAGGACUUUCCCUUCGGAGUGGACCUCACUGGGCUGGCCCUGACCCUGCGCGUUUCGAUGGAAGAACAGCGCCAGUGGCAGAAGGCCGAGGCCACGCGGGGGGCUCCUGCCCCCAAGGCUCCUGCCACCGAGUCCCCUGCCACCAAGGCUCCUGCCACCAAGUCUCCUGCCACCAAGUCCAAGGUUUUGGCUCGUAAGAAGGACAAUUUGGAAGAGGUCCUGCUGAAGAAGACCAUCAAUGAGCAGGAGUCCUGGCUCCCGGGCCCGGGCAGUAGGACCAAGGAGCAGCAGCAGCAGGUCGCUCAUGGCUCGCAGAUGUGCCCGGAGGAUGCUGAGUUGGGCCAAGGCACAUCAACGGCCACGGCCGCCCAGCUCACAUCCCGACCAGCCGUGGAGGAGGAGGAGGACUAUGACGUCAUGCAAGAUGCCGAGUUCCUGCGAAGUGUCCUCGAGAACCUGCCGGGGGUGGAUCCCCAAAGUGAGGCCAUCCGAAAUGCUACGGGCUCCCUGACCUUGGGGGACUCCCUGUCCACCAAGAAGGACAAGAAAUGA